CGAGUAAUUCUGAUUCCGCGCGCGGGGGGAGGGCACUUCUGCGUCUUGCAACCCCGAGGAGGACCUGACCUCUUCGGCUUUGAGAUUCAGCCCCGCCCACGAUCAGAGACAAGGCCGGGGUCCACUUUUAGACGCCAGGCUCUGGACGGUCCGGCAGCGAUUAGGAAAAGCAGCGCCCUUCCCUCCCCGAGGGCUCCUGAGCGCGGCGACAGAGGCGCCCUCUCGCGAGGCGGACGCAGCCUGCAGGCCGUGCGCUCCCUCGCGCGCCGCCCUCCCUCGCCCGGCCCUGGCAAGGCGGCGUCGGGGUUGGCCGCUGGGCGCGGUUACGGGUGGGCAGGUCGAGGCGGCCGCCCGUGUCGCGGCAGCCUCCGCCGGGGAGAGAGAGGCGCGAGGAGGCGGGAGCGAGCGCCGCGGAGUCGCUGCAGCUGGCGGGCCAUGGGGAGCCCGAAGGACGAGCUGCUCAAGCCCAUCUGGCACGCUUUCACCGCCCUCGACUUGGACAGGAGCGGCAAAGUCUCCAAGUCGCAGCUCAAGGUCCUUUCUCACAACUUGUGUACAUUGCUGAAUGUCCCACAUGACCCAGUAGCCUUAGAAGAGCACUUUAGGGAUGAUGAUGAAGGCCCUGUUUCAAAUCAGGGUUAUAUGCCUUAUUUAAACAGAUUCAUCUUGGAAAAGGUUCAAGGAAACUUUGACAAAAUCGAAUUCAAUAAAAUGUGCUGGACGCUGUGUGCCAGAAAAAACCUUGCAAGAAAUACCUUGCUCCUUUCUGAUGAUGAUGCUUUUAAAGUGUGGGUCAUCUUCAAUUUCCUAUCUGAGGACAAAUAUCCACUAGUCAUUGUACCAGAAGAGAUUGAAUACUUGCUUAAGAAGCUGACAGAAGUCAUGGGAUUAGGCUGGCAUCAAGAACAGUUUGAACAUUACAAGAUCAGCCUCGAUACCAGCUGGGAAGGUCUUUCUGCUUGGGAAUUGAUUGAACUGAUUGGAAGUGGUCGAUUUAGCAAAGGGAUGGAUAGGCAAACGGUAUCUAUGGCAAUUCAUGAAGUCUUCAACGAACUUAUAUUAGAUGUAUUGAAACAGGGAUAUAUGUGGAAGAAGGGCCACAAAAGGAAAAACUGGACAGAACGUUGGUUUGUUUUAAAACCCAGUAUUAUAUCGUACUAUGUUAGUGAAGACCUAAAAGACAAAAGAGGAGAGAUUAUACUGGAUGGCAACUGUACUGUAGAGGCUUUGCCUGACAAAGAUGGAAAGAAAUGUCUCUUUCUUAUAAAAAGCUUAGAGAAAUGUUUUGAGAUUAGUGCCUCUGAUAAGAAGAAGAGGCAGGAAUGGAUUCAAGCUAUUCAGACAACCGUAAAUCUAUUGAGAUUAAGUAGCCCUCCACCUCACAAGGAAGCACGACAGAAACGUAAAGAGCUACGCCAGAAAUUGCAGGCUGAACAAGAAGAACUGGAAAGGCAGAUGAAAGAGCUCCAAGUGGCAAAUGAGAAUAAGCAGAAGGAACUGGAGACUGUUCGAAAGCAACUCGAGGAAGCUGCAGCUCGAGCUUCAGAAGAGGAGACCAAACGUCUGCAGACUCAAAUGGAAUUGCAAGAUCGAUUCAGUCUUGAGCUGGAGAGAGAGAAAAUGGUGAGACAGAAAAUGGAAGAACAGGUAGCCCAGAAGUCAUCUGAGCUAGAACAGUACUUGCAGAGAGUCCGGGAACUCGAGGAAAUGUAUAAGCAGCUACAGGAGGCCUUGGAGGAUGAAAAACAGGCACGCCAGGAUGAGGAGACUGUCAGGAGACUUCAGGCCAGACUACUGGAGGAAGAAUCUACAAAGAGACAAGAACUGGAGAAAUGGCAUUUGGAGCAGCAGCAGACCAUUGAGGUGACUGAAGCAGAGAAGCAGGAGUUGGAAAACCAGAGAAUGAUGAAGGAACAUGCUCUUCAAGUUGCCCUGCAACAGUUAGAACAACUGGAACUGGAUAGGAAGGAAGCACUGGAACAAUAUGAGGAGGUCAAAAAGAAGUUGGAAGUUGCAGCAAACAAGACCAAGAGUUGGAAAGAUAAAGUUGCUCACCACGAGGGACUAAUUCGAUUAAUUGAACCAGGUUCCAAGAAUCCUCACUUCAUCACAAACUGGGGACCAGCAGCCUUCACUGAAGCUGAACUUGAGCAGAGAGAGAAGAGUUGGAAGGGGAAAAAGGGCACUUCUGAGCAAUGAAUGGUGUGUGUGUGUGUGUGUGUGUGUGUGUGUGUGUGUGUGAAAUCUAAAAGGAAUAAUUUCAUACUAGCUUUGUUUCAAGGUUUCCAUGAACAAGUUGCACAGGACUACAAAAUAUUAAAUGACUGGUGCACAUUAAUGUCUAAUGCAUUUUCAUGCUUGCACAUACAGGGAACAUUAUUAUAGCAGAAUUGGCCGGAGGUCAAAAGUUGGUUUUCUGCACACAAAUUGUGUUUGAAAUGAAUUCUGUAGAUCAGUGGUUCUCAUACUUUUUCCUCUAUGGACUGCUUUAAAAUUGCUGAGGAUCUUUGUGGCUCACUCAAUUUUAUUUUACUUUUUGCACGUAGUGGGAAUUGUAAUGAACUGCAUUAGAUACUGAAUGACUUUUAAAUUACAUUUAAAUUGCUUCUUUUAAUUCUUAUACAUUGUAUUUUAUUGUAUUCCCUAGAAUUCAAAUUGUAAUGCAAUAGAAUAUGGUAUAAGCAUUAAAGGAAACAAUUAAAAACAAUUAAAAAUCAGUAUGAAUAUUGAAAGCAACAGGCAUGCCAGUGCCUGUUCAACCACAUAUCCACAGACCACCUGAAUGAAGCUUAUGGAACACCAGUGAUCCAUGGACCACCGUUUGGCAACCCCAGAUAUAGAUCAGGAAAGUGUGGGGGUUCUAAUUCCCACUUGAUUUUUUAGAAAUUGGCACUGGCUUAGGGGAAGGAGAAGUGAAACAAGGACCAAUUGAAAUACCUUUUCGGUUAACAAACUCUGAACUGGUUUGAGGCUGUAACAUAUUAUGUAAACUUUUCAUCUCUGCUUGCUACAGUCCAGAAUCUCCUGGAGAAGCACAGUAGCUUUAGCUGCUAAAACUGUGUUGAAAUUCCCCAGAAUUCCUUUCUCUGUAGAUAUUGGGUGCUAUCUCAGGAAAACAAUUUUGAGGGAGUAGCAUCUUAACAAGCCUGAAGUGUAUAAGGAGAAAGUGGGGGAGUAGCAGUACUUUAAGCAGCUCCUGGGCUUUGUUUGGUUUCUCAUCUUUUAGCAAUAGCUAUCUGCAAAUUUUGGACAACUGUUUGCAAUUUUUAGGAAUAUAUGUUUUGUCUUUCUUGGGAGAAACCUUUUGUCAGAAUUCUGGCAAUCCUUUUCUAUUUCUAGGAAGUCUCCUUAGGAAUUCUGAGCCCAAUACUGGUAAACUUAACAUACAUUUAAAUAUUUUUUGUAUUAUAAAUUCUUAUAUGCAGUAUUCCUGCUACCUGUCUACCUUUGGCAAACUGAAAAAUUAUAAUGACAGAAAUAUUGAUGUGCUGGGGAGAUUUUCCCCUCCCCUUGGGUGUGUGCUAAACUUUUCAGAUCAAGCAUUGUGCUUCAAACACAUAUCACUUAAGAAAAAUCAGUAUUGAAUCUCCCUCUCUUUCUCUCCCUCUCUCUCUCUCUCCCUCCCCCCCCCUCUCACACACACUAUAGUAUACUAUAUAGUAUACUAUAAUAUUCACUGUAGACUUGCAUUGCUCAAAUGUUUGAUACCUGAGAAGCAGUCUUUCUUUCUGGGUUAAAAUUGAAGGCAUGCUUUGUUCUUCACUCAGAUAUAUAUCUCCAUUCAGCUUUCAAAAUAAUGGACAGUAUAAUCUGUGCAAAUGCAGGAUAAUAGUGUCAAUCCUAACUGCCAAGUGUUCAACCCUCCCUUUUACCCAGUGAGUAAGGUGUAGGGGUUGCACUGUGCUUUCUUGGGUAGUGCUAAUGUUGCUAGGAUUCCUCCUCCUACUGUCCUGUAGGCUUUAAGGAAUCUUGGAGCGUUGCUUGGGAUGCUGCUGCAGCUCAUAUAUUUGUGAGAAAAGGGAAUCAAUGUUGCAUUGGGUGGCAGAUGUUUUUGUCAUAGCAGCUUAGUUUUUUAGGACACGUUUUGUCAGUCCUUCUCAUGGUGUACAGCUUGGGAAUUACUGCUGACAUUAGGCCUUUCUUUGACUGAAACAAUUUGUGCAACUUACUAUGAAAGUCUAUGGGUGCAAGCCUGUGCAUACUUACCUGGGAGUAAGUCCCACUGAACCUACUGGGUCUUAUUUCCUGAAUAAACAUGCAGAGGAUUGCAUUGUUUGCUAACCAACUACUUCCUGAAUCACAGACACCUGCUCAUGUAAAUUGUUGACUAACUGUCCUUGCUUACCAAACUUGUACAGUUUUUCUGUACAGCCUGAAUAUUGGUGCAGCUAAUACUUGGUAAAUUAUUUUGACAUAAAUGUAAAAUUUAAUAUUUUAUACUUAAGUGUUUGAAUAUAUAAUAGUAUGUAUUAUUCAAUUAUUUGUGCCUUCAUACCACAGGAACAAAAAGUGAUAACCUUGAAGUAGGGUCGGUUCUCUGGAGCUCAUGCCAGGCACAGAGACAGAACUAUGCAGCUCUUUCCAUUCAUUUGACUGGGAUAUACAUGAGUGUUUCAUGCAAGUUGUCUUGAAGUUCAUGGAUUCUAUCCAGUAAUAAUGCCGGUUGAAGUGUGAUCCCCACACCCAGUGAUUUUGGACUUUUACCAAGUAAGACAGAAGAGCAUCAGCUAUAUUGGGCUAUUUGUGUAAUUAGCUCCAUGGUUAUUUGUUUUGUUUUGUUAACUGAUUUUUUUAAUAAAAAAAAUCAACAAAUGGUUAUGCACAUGAAUAUUAAUGAAAUCCAGUUUCUCAGACUUUUAGUUGCUGUACAAUAAGCAUUCUUUUUAUGCUGAUGAUGCAUUCACAUUGAAUUACCAAUACUAGCGCUAAAAUCUGAGAAACAAGUUGGGAUUGUUUUUAUGAUGUCCAAUUUAAUGUGUAGUGUUAAGUUGUAUUAGGUAAUCUAACCGUUAAUAUUUUUCCUUAGUGCAGUAGUAUAUUGUAGCAGUUUCAGGAAGCACCAGUAAUUCUUGUUUUCACAUGUUCUGUUCAUUUUUACUAGAGCAUCUAUUAAAACGAAUUAAGUGUAA